GUCGUUUAAUUGAGAGUGCAGUUACAUUUCAGAGUCCAACGAGAGGGGACGUACACGGUGUUCUCCAAAAUUUAUUGAAAAGCGUUAGUGUUAAUGGGCAUUUGAAUAAACAAAACGGCAAAUAAUAUACAUGAACAGCUCCAAAUUCCAAUAGUGUAAAUUACAAACAAACACAGUGAAACAUUAAAUAAUCAACCCUCUGUUUGUUAAAUAUUUAUACACACCACCAACGCCCCCUACCCCUGACCCUGCGUGUGAGUGGCGCCAACGUACAUAUGUAAAAGCAUUCAACGUUGCGUCCGAUAAGAACAGCAACAGCAGCAACUACAACUACAACAACAAUUAUUGCAGCAACUCCCACAACAAUUGCCGCAGAUGAGGUGAAUGCACUCCAACUGGAGGCGGUAAAUCCCCCGCACCAGCGCUGCAUCAAUUAAGACACAGCUCCAAUUAGAGAAAGUUCAGAGGCAAACCCAGCGGCAGCAGUAGAAGCGGCAACAGCAUCUCGUCAAGAUGCCCUCGCUGAGGCAAAAGGUCACCACGUACUUUCGACAAUUGAGUUUUAUAGCGGAGCCGCGCGAUGGCCGGAGGCGCGUCAAUGGCAAUGCAGAGGAGGACGAUGGCAGCUUCAUCACCAAAUAUCUCGAGGGUCGUAUGGAGCGUGAGUUUAUGGCCGGCGGGCCAGAGAUCUACAAUGGUCAGACCCCGACAGAUAUGCCCGUGCUGAAGCUGGGCAGCUAUGACACCGGCCCGGAGACCAUCACCGCCGCCUGCACUGGCCCGGACGAAGGCUUGACGGGCAUCAAGCGCUCGAAACUGCAUUUAAGUGCCAGCUAUGCAGAUGACAUUGAUUUCAUCGAUACGCAGCAGGAGAACGAGGAUGCGUAUGGCGUGCGGAAGAGUACGCCACCAGCUCCAGCGAUCAGCACAUCGACAAGGUUGUGUAACAAGUUUGCACGGCGCCAGAGCAGUACGGAACAGAACACGACAGGUACUGGUGCUGCUGGAGCAGUAACUGUUGCCUCCGGCAUGCGGUCCAGAAAAAACUCAAAGAGCAGCCUUAACGCCUCAUCAGCUGCAGCGAGAGAGAGCGCCGGCGGCAAAGCCACCACCAUUGUGGUCAGCAUGGUAAGCAACAGCAGUCCUGCCCAAGAUCAGAACAACAAGAAUCUCUUGAAUGCUAAGACUGAGGCCUCCACGGCUGCUGGAAACAGCAGCUCGGAGCGCGAGCGGUUGCUGCGUGAAGCCGUCAGCAAUCAGAGCAGCACGCCCGCAGCCACACCCAACAGCCUCUCAACGCCGGUGGCUGGCGUGCAAGACUGGCAAAUGGAUUGCGAUUUCGCCUACGGAAUCUCGGUAUCUCUCUACGAAACCAACAUGCUGACCAAGGAGCCUAUGGGCAAUCCCAUCGCCGAUUGCUAUGGCUGCGUUGUGCGUGGCGAUGCCGCUGCAAUGGCCAUGGCUGAUGGCGUCAAUUGGGGUGACGGCGCUCGUUUGGCUGCCCGAUCUGCUGUACAUGGCUGCCUGGAUUAUCUGGACCGUGCCGUCUUUGGGCAAGCCCAUGAAUGUCGGGCCACCACCACACAGGAGCUGUUUGUGAGCCUGUUGCGCAGUCUGUGGGAGGGACACGGCUGCAUACUGGAGGUGGGUGGGGCGCUCUCCACGCUAACAAUUGCUGUAGUGCUGCCGCUGGACGGUGCAACCGGCAAGUAUGUGGUGUGCGCCUGCAAUGUGGGCGAUUCCUUGGGCUACGUGUACUCUAAGAAGCACGGUGUGCGGGAACUGACGCAAGCAUCCCAUGAUAUUAGCUCCAUGCGAGACAUGCGUGAUGCUUUGGGAGCUUUGGGACCCGCCGAUGGCAACAAACCUGAACUAAGCAAUCUCACCUUCUCCAUGAGCUGCAUCGAGCGUGGAGACAUCGUUUUUCUCACUUCUGACGGCAUCAGCGACAAUUUUGAUCCGGUCGUUGGCAAGUUCGCGGAAGCUUGGACACCAGAUGUGAAGCUGCAGCAGCUACAGACAGCGAAUCUGGCGCCGAAGCGUCAGAACAAAAGUGCCUCAGCGAUCUAUGCUCGCUUGCAUCCGUCGGCCACACCGCCCACUCGAACGCGUAAGCCCAAGGCUGACAGCCCACCAAACAAUCUGCCCAGCCGGCCCAAAUACAUGCGCUCCCAGACGCUGAUCGAAGCACGCCAUGGAGUUGGCGCCGGUGCCGGGACUCCAGUUGUACCAACACCACCAAUUCAACGCAUUCCGAAAUCGGUGUUGGGCCUGCCGUUGGUCACUGGACCGCAACGGCAUGCCCUGACGCUGUAUCGACUGGAAGAUUUGCUUAGUUAUGGCAUUAACGGAACUUUCUCUCCCUGCGCCUCGGCACGGCGACUCUGCCACCUGCUGAUCGAUUUUGUGCGGAUGAUCACCUCCGCACGUCGCAAGACCCUCGAGCAACGAGAACUCUUUUACAAGCUGUCCAGUGGUCCGGAUGGGGUCAAGCGAGAGGUCCAAUUGAACCGCAUGCAACACAGAGCAGCCCGCAAACGAAUAGUUGACAGCAGCGCAUUUAGUGCAUUACCUGGCAAAUUGGAUCAUGCCACUGUGUUGGCCUAUACCGUAGGUGGUGCGUGUCCAACUGCUUCUGAUGCUGAUGACGCUGGCCUCGGCGGAGGUGGGGGUGGCGGCGGCGGCGGCGGGAGCAACGUGGCGCCCGUGCUGCAAUCCAAGGAGUUCAAAGAGACAAACUUUUAAGCUAGCCACAGUCAAUGGCGUUUUCAUCACA